AGACCCUCUAGGUUAGAUGGAAAAAACACGUGCUCUGCUGGUUGUAGGCCGGCCUAGAGAGCAUUACCUUUUUUUGUUGACGUCGUGCUACAGUUAGUGCAUGUAUUGAGAAUUAGAAUUUAUAACCAAGAGACUACAUCGCACGCUUUGAUUUUGCAGGAGUCGUGAGGUUGUUUUUCCUGAUUCUGGUAGCCAGGAUGCCAAGGUGCCUCAAAGUGGUCGCGUUGUUCUGCUGUGUUGCACAGGCCAUCCAAGAACGGAAGGUGCAGCGGCAGCUCGAGGCGGAGCAAGAUGCGAACUCGAGCUACCGCGGUUCUCUACCUCCGCCGCAGUUUCAAGGCCAAAACCAACCGACGUCUCCUGCGGGUGUGUCACCGUCUGUGCCUCCGGCGGCGUCCAAUUACCAGGGUUCUCUGUCUCCGCCGCAAUUUCAAGGCCAACAGACGUCUGCGAAUGCGCCACCGUCUGUGCCUCCUGCAGCGCACUACGGGAGUGCCGCGCCGGCGCCAACUGGAACGCCACCUACUGGGGCUUCUCAUGGUCAUGGCGCUGCACCCUGGAUGCCGAUGGCGCAGAAUGCCAUGCGUUCUUUCGGCGACAUGAUGCAGAAUUUUGUUCCUCCGCGUCAGCAGGAGCAACACCAGCCGCCGCAUCAUGCGACUCAGCAGCAGCACCAGUCGCACUAUGCGACCGAGCAGCAGCACAAGCCGCACUAUGCGACCGAGCAGCAGCACCAGCCGCACUCUGCGCCCAGCCACUCCACCGCUGCUGCUCCUGCCGCGCUUCCGGAGACAGCCCCGGCGCACUACACUGGCGCUGCAGCACCUGGUUUCGAUUCGCCAUCUCAGCCGGUCAAGCGCGAAGAAGUUUCGGCCCCCAAUGACCCGUGGGGUGUCAGCGAUGAGUCCACCUCGCAAUUUCACAACGCAUACGUGGUGCAACAGCCUGAGCCGCAACAGCAUCCGCCGGUCGACGUGUCCUCCACGUCAACCGCACAUAAUGAACCCCCGCAGCACCACGCUCUACACCAUGCGCCAGAAGACCUACAACAGCAUCUGCAGCAACAUGGGCCACAACUCCAGCAGCACGCACACCAGCUACAGCAGCUGCACGGGCCACAAUUCCAGCAACACGCACAGCAGUGGCAUCAACAGGCCGGGGGCCACGGACUCCCGGUCUGGAACUUCCCUGGUCAGGAGCAGGAGGUGCAUCAAGAGCCGUACUAUGGUCCGUCCGAAGAGCAGUUGCCGACACCCACGGAACGUCCACAGCAAGGACAACAGGAUGUGCAACAGCUGCAGAUGGAACAUGCGCCACCAGUGCAACACCACGAGUUUGCCUACACACACCAGCCCAUGCAACCUGCGCCACAAGUACAACGUGUUCAUCAUGCACACCAGCCGGUGCAAUAUGCGCCACAGCAAGUGCAGCAACAUGCUCCUGCGCAUCAGCUGGUGCACGAUACGCCACCGACGCACCAGCACGCACAGGAAGGACAGGUGCAGGAGCAUAUGCCACAAGCACCCCCCGCAGCCUCGUUCGGUGAUCAGUUGGGCUCCUUCAUGCGCAACUUGCAUAGCAGUCUCCCGCCGCAGCAGCAGGCGCAGUUUCAGCCGUUCGUGCAAGAACUCCAGCAAAAACAGUUUUUCGGGCCCACGGGGCGCGAAGGCGGAAAGUUUCUGAGCGAGAAGGCCAUACCUGCAAUGGGGGAGGCAGUUGCGCAGACUGCGGCAACUUUUCUCGGCUCCGAUCCUUUGCGAAUUUCGGCCCUGGACGAAAUGAACAUCGUGUAUCAGUCACACCAGGAGCUUUUUGCGAACGCAACGAAUCUGAUCAGCGCCGCCGAGCAGACCGAGGGAGGACUCGAUCGCAUUCGCGAGAAUGUGAUGCAGCGGGUGCGGGAAGCUUUUGACGAAGUGAUUGAGAAGGUGAAGUCGCAGUUCGCCGGAUUGCUAAACACGUUCGUCGAAAGCGACCGAAGCCUUACCUUCCGGACGGAGCUUGCCACAACGAUGUUCCAGUACCCCAGUGAUGACGCUUUCAUCGAUGACAUUCUGAUGGACACGACACCGCUGGAAGUGAUGCAGCAAGCGAACAUUACUUCGGCCGAAGAGUAUGCGAGCGCGCGUCAGACGGCAUCCAACACGUUCCAGGAUGCGAUGCAGAGCAUGUCUGAGGGACCCGAUGGUGGCAGCCACGAGAAUGUCGCGCACACAGCUGUUACGGAAAAGCUUGCGCCCGAAGGCGAUGACGUUAUCGUGCAGAAGCUCGGCUUCAAGAAGGACGGAAACCAGGUGGAAGCCUUUCUCAACGACGUCACAGCGGCACAGAAAACGUACAUGAAUAGUGAGUGCGUUCUGUAUUAUUUUUUAACGCUCUCCAAUAACGGCCUGGCGCUGGUUAACAUUUUUUUCUUGCAUUACGAAAGUACAAGGUUCUACGGCGAUGAGGUUUCGUUCCGCCUUUGGAGAAACGUGACGGCUGCAUAGAAGCCCAGAUGAUCAGGUUGAGACAGAUGAAAUAGUACAUUUCUACUUAUUAUUUGUUAACAUGAUCUGCUCAGCUGCCUGUGACUUAAGGUUAAGACGUAUGUUCUCCAGGUUUAUGACCGACUUCAAGCAGGCGGGUGAGUACUUCGGAGGCUCCGAGAUGGCCACCAGUGACUACAUGUACGACGCGAAGCAUCGAAUUCUUCAGCGGUUCCAGGGUGUGGUUCAGUCAGCGGACAAAGUAUUUGUGGUUUUUUUCCUGACACCCUACGGAGAAUAGUAUUAUUUCCAGUGGGGAUGCAUGUACUAGUCUUUCUCUUUUGCAUGAUCAUUUCUGUCGCCAUCCCAUCCUUUUUCUUGGCUUCGCAUACAGAUUAAGUACUCUCGAUUUUUUUUUUCAACCCCACAGGAAACGCUGGCAAAGAUCAUGGUGAUGCCGAGCGUUCUGCACCACCCCCACGUCUAUGCACUGCAAACACAGGCAUUUGGUUUUGUCAUUUGAUUAUGUCGCUCGCAAAAAAGAAAAUGAAAAGAUACAGAGGAUUUUCUGCUGGUGGUUUUUCCCAAACGCUAUCUAUCAUUCCAGUUCUGAUAGAUUGCGAAUCCAUAUUCUCCUGUGUGAUUCAUGCUAUUUUCUCAUGUAUGUGACGGACGCGUUGCCAUUCGCCUCCGUGGCUCCUGGACCAAGAUAGAUAAAUAAGUAUCCCCUUCCGUAUUCUGUGCAGGAUGAGAAGUUUCUUAUUUCGUUUUUUUUUUCCGACUCAGAAUCUGAGUCGGAAAAAAAAAACGAAUCAGAUGACAUGUUUGCAGCGUAUACCGUGCCCGGCUACACUGAUUCCGCGUACAGUGUGCACAACAUGUCGGGAAGUAUGAUGGAAGCUGCCCACCGCAUGAUCCGAGACGAAUACCACGUCGUGGCUAUCCUCCUGAGUAGAUCAUCCUCUACCAUGACGCAAUUCAUAUGCGUUUUACCGCGAAGGCUGUGCAUGUGCAUGGAUACAUUCGCUCCGCAUGAUUAGGAGCAUUUCAUGUAGUUGUACCACUUUCCUAGCCUGUCGCGUACAGCCAAGAAACUUCUAAAUUUAGCCAUGAAAAAAUUCGUUUGGUAAGUCUACCUUUUACUUUUGUGAACAUGGUAAGUCUACCUUUUACUCAGGAUAGUGACUGUGAAUUUUCGAGCAAAGUACGGCAUCACCCGGGAGGUACAAAACAUGCUUGCUCAGUUGCCUGUAUGUAAGGGUAUAGCAAGGAUGCGGCCUCCUGAGCCGAGAUAAAAAUGCCAUGAAUCAUAUGAAUGCUACAAAAUAUAAUCAACGUCAGGGGCCGAGCAAGGGGUACCGGCAGGACCCGAUCAGUCAGCAGUUCCUGAAGUAUGCCACGCCUCCGCAAGCCCAAGCCGAUUCGGGCGCCGCGCCCAGCGGAGAGGAAGGGGCGUCGGUCGGCGAAGUGAACAAGACCGAGGAGGUGGGGAAGGACGACAGCGGUUGCUGUGGCUACGGGACGACGCCGGAGGAUGAAAGCAAGAAAACCGAGGAGGUCGUGGGGGAGAACGCCGCCGAGAGCAAUGCGAACGACGGUGAAAGCAAGGCUUUCGUCCAGGUGAACGCAGCCGCGACGAUGAGCGCGGACUUCCUGGCGAGCGAGAAGUCACUGGGUGGUCAAGAUGAACAGCACCGGGACGAGCCGUUCCCGUUUGCCAGCGAACCAGUUGCUGGGACAGAAGACGCGGCUUCGUUUCUUCAGUUCAAGUCCAACGCUAUGACAACCUCCCGUGGGAAUUUUUCCAAAAAGAUGAAGAGAUUUGAUUUCUUCCGCUAGUAAGUACAUCAGAAACGUAACUUCUUUUUGGUCGCAGAGCCCUUGAAGAUGCAAAGGCGACGUUUGCAAACGCUACCAAAUCUCUACCUACUAGAAUGAUUCCCACUUGGCGGUAGUAUACCAGCGUACGCAGAAUCGGCCUACGGUAUGGAGACUGACAGUUCAUCCUAUGUUCAACUCGCAUUCAUUCUCGGGGAGGAAUACUUAAGAAUGUAGCGCGAUGUGAUGUUUGAUUUCAGAAACUAAUAUAGCUGUCCCCCAAAAAAUGAAAGAUCGUAUUCACUUGAAAUGGAAAAACAGCUUCUCCAACGAACGACGCACCGAUUCCGUGGGGCUUCGUGUUCGCGAUUCUGUGCGGGCUGAUGUUCACCGCCGGAUUCGUGCGGGUUGGCUACAACUACUAUCUGGCACAGUACAAGGCGACGCUGAAACCGGAAGUUGACUACUACGUCAAGGACGUGGGGAUCUGAAGCACUAUCGGGCCUUCGGGCAUCAAUCGGCCGGUUAAGACUGGACGAUCCCCCACAACACGGUGGAACACGCAGAAUCCGCUUUGUCGAGAGGUGAGCUCUUUUCACAAACAACAUCUAAGAUUUUUCAAUUGCAGUAGUUUUCACAUUUUUUACGCAUCGUGGAAGAUUCUAUCGCUCUGCUCCGGUCUGCUCUCUCAAUUGCUCGCUGGAAUUCGAUGUUUCUCAGGUUUAAGUUGUUCCACUGAAUAGUCCUGUAGCGAGCGAAUGUCAUUGUUGAAAUGAAAAAGAAAUCAAAUUUGAAAAAAUGUAAACCUAUUGGAAAAUAUCUCCGGAAGUAUCUUAAAUCAGCGAUAGCAUGCACCGAGAAAAUUAAUAUGUACAUUGCAAUUUUGAGAAAAUGACGAAACGCGAUCGCAUUUGUUGUGGCAUGAUCUGAAUAACCACUUAGUUUCACCGGCCUAUUAUUGUUAAAUCAGUGGGGACAAUGACAAACGAAACCAUUGUGUAAAAUGCGACUUUCUUUAUAGAAAUUGGUUUUCGAUCAAUUACAAAUACAAUUGUUAGUGCGACGCAGGAGGCUUGUGUCUAAUCAUUCAUGAUCAUGUACACAGUUUUGAAAAAACCUGGUGCAGCAAGUGGAAAAAAUUUGCUGUGACCUAGUUUUUGACUGUGUGCCAAAGAUCAUCCGUUCCUCAGUUUCUUAGAUGAAAAACAACCCGCCUCAAUAUGUACUUGAGUCUUUCUGUUCGUGGUCCCUUCGGAAACAACUUGGAGUUAGAUCUACUACAAAGUGAAUGUUUUUGCUACUGCUGGCUGCUUUCCUUUUGCCCACUGCGAGGACAAACACUUGCACAUCUCUUGGAGAUUUUGCAGCUACG